AUGGCGGCUGCAGAUUGCAACUGCACCCGAUCGAACCGGUACUGUGGAAAGGAGCUGUUGAAUAUGGAUCAGAAAUACUACGGCUCUAUCGUCCAGGCCCUCACCAAUGACGGGGUUCCCACGGAUCCUCGUCAUAUCACCGAUUCGCUCUUUUUAUGUACCAACAGCACGAGUCUUCGGCAGAAUUGGAUGGAUGCUGGGCUUCUCUCGUACACUAGCAUGAUGGCACCUACAUCUUACCUACUAUCUCUCCUGUCCAUCCAACAUGCCAACUACCAACUCUCAAGAUGUGAGAAAGAGCGCUUCCACCUUUAG